UACGCCUCUAUCAUCCCAGGCCCAGCCACCAAAGUCUCAACGCGUAGGUUCCUCCUGGUAAGUGGUCAACGCGGUCUCUUCCUCACCCUGAUACGAUAGAUAACAGAGAAACCUACAACCUACAGAGAGAAACAGAGAACCUUCAUCGUCCCCUCGACUUAUUAGAGGAACCUAAAACGAAAGCAGGAACGCAAGCUUCUUGUAUCGGUCAAUCGAUUCGUCAUCAUAAAGAUCUUAUUAACUUAAUAGAUAUAUGUUGGUCUUCAAUUGUACUCACCGACCAAUCGAUCUUAACACAAGAAUCAACCGACGAGGAUUAUGAAACUAACCGGUUUCUUGAAGAAUGUCGCGCGUCCUUUCAAAUCCCACUCUGAUAAAGAAUCACAGAAAGGAGAGGAUUUGGAGAAGAUAGCAGCACAGGAACAGAAGCAAUUCUCUUUAGAAACCCUUGUUGCUGCAACCAGAGAUUUUCACUCCGAUCAUAAGCUCGGGGAGGGCGGAUUCGGCCCUGUUUAUAAGGGGAAAUUGCCGGAUGGAAGAGAGGUAGCAGUGAAGAGACUAUCGCACAGCUCAAAUCAAGGGAAGAAGGAGUUCACGAACGAGGCUAAGCUACUGGCAAAAGUGCAGCAUAGAAACGUCGUGAACCUGUUGGGUUACUGUGCCCACGAACCAGAGAAGCUUCUGGUCUACGAAUACGUUGCGAAUGAGAGCUUGGACAAAUUUCUCUUCAAUGCAGGGAGGAGGGCGGAGUUGGAUUGGAAGAGAAGGUACGACGUGAUAGCAGGGGUGGCACGUGGAUUGUUGUACCUUCACGAGGACUCGCAUAGCGUUAUCAUACACAGGGACAUCAAGGCCAGUAACAUUCUUCUGGACGAUAAGUGGGCCCCUAAGAUUGCGGAUUUCGGUAUGGCCCGCCUCUACCCUGAGGAUCAGACGCAUAUCAACACUCGCGUCGCAGGCACCAAUGGGUAUAUGGCACCGGAAUACGUGAUGCAUGGACAGUUGUCGGUAAAGGCGGAUGUCUACAGCUACGGUGUGGUGGUGCUGGAACUGAUUAGUGGCCAGAAGAACUCCACCUUCAACGGCGACCCUGACUGCCACAACUUACUCGAAUGGGUAUGGAAGUAUUACAAGAAAGGUCGAAGCUUGGACAUCAUGGACCCAACGCUAGCAUCGCCUGCGGCAUCCGAGCAAGUCGCAAUGUGCAUACAAAUUGGAUUACUAUGCACACAAGCGGAGCCAAAGUCAAGACCAUCAAUGCGUCGAGUGGUGGUGAUGCUAUCAAAGAAACCUGGCACUACUCUAGAUGAGCCAACCAGACCGGGCUAUCCCGGUUCUAGAUAUAGAAGACCUCAUAGAACCAACACCACUUCUUCAUCAGCGGCUGGUUCUUCUGGGGGUGGUGUUGGUUCGUCCGGAGAUUACUCCUCCAACACAUUUCAAGCAACAUCUACCACCCAAACAGCCACCACAUCUACUCUUACCAGUGAACCGAGCAGACCGGGUCAUCCCGGUUCUAGACAUAGGAGAACUCACGAACAACACGCCGCCUCUCCAUCGGCGGCCGGUUCAUCUGUUACUGGUGGUUCUGAUGGAGAUUCAUCCUCCAAUACAUUUCCAACACCAUCCACACCCACCCAAACAGCCAGUACAUCUACUCCUACCAGCCCGAGACGACAUUCACACGGGAAGCUUCCCAUGCAGCAAUGGUAGACUUACUACCCUUCUGUGAAAAUUUUGCUACUUUCUCCCUCCUUUGUAUUAUAUAGUUAGAGCUAGAGUUUAGGAUCGAUGCUUUGUUUAUUCUUAUAUUCCUUGUAAAUUUGGGUUAGCGGAAGGAAGAAAAAAAAUUAAUGAUAAGUGUCCCUCAACUGUGAUUCUUUGAUUUGUACUUAAAAGGUGGUUCUCUCAUUGUGCUUUCUGCAGUUCCAUCAA